AUUAUUUCCACCAGAUGGCGAAGAGUACGUUACAUUCCGUACACACUUACGUUUUAUGGCUUAGUCUUGUUUUGCUUGAAUCCUAUUUGGUAAACAAUUCAAUAAAAAGGAGUCCUUCAAACUAACCAAACCCGUGGAAAAUUGAUUCAUAAAUUGGACAAUAUUAUAUGUUCAGUGCUCAGUCUCUUAGCUGGCUAGUAAUAUUUAACCGAAUUUCAAAAUCGGGGAAUAUGAUUUCCGAUCACGAACAGAGACCGACUAACCCAUUGACGACCAGUGAAAGAUAUCGUGAAUCGAAUGAAAGCGAACAGAUCGGUGGCAACUGCAAGUAUUGCAAGCUUAAAAUCGACGAUGACAACUACCUGGAAUGCGAGAAUUGCAAUGGAAUGGUGCACAUCAAGUGUCUGCACACGAGCACGCCAGGUGAUUUCCUGGGGGACAUUUACUUUGACUUCACGUGCAUAACGUGCGCGGAGGAGCAGCUGAAACAGAAGGGAGCGCCCUACACACACAAUGAGGUGAAGGAGCGGUGUGAGCGCCAGAAGAUACCCUGGCUGAUGGUGCUGACACUGACGCUGUACAAUCUGUCGCACAAGCAGAAGGGUCUGGGCCACCAUGGAUUCUUCCACUGGCGCACACACAUCAUCAGUUUUGUGGACCGUAACUGGCACUACAUAUUCGGCCCGAAUACCCGCCGUCGCAAGAAGUGGACUGGCUCCGUUUCGGGCACUCUCUCCCACAACAGCCCAAAGUACUUCAUGUCGGGCAUGGAACAGUUCAAUGAAACGGGCUGGUGGAAGCUCGCCAAGCCGAACCAAACACCCAGAAGCACCAAGCGAGAAUAUGAGAGAAAGCUGGAACUGCGCGUGGCUAUGCGAUUUGACAAACGUUCAUUCCUCGGCGAUGAGAACAGCUGCGAUAGUGAGGUGGAUGUGAUCGAUCAUAGUGCUGCACCCAUAGAAGAGAAUAAAAUUAUUCCCGAGAAGAUUCCUGCCGCUGCAGAGGCGUCGCCAGCCAUUCCCAGCGAAGGCUGUGCCCGUUCUAUUCCUUACAUGGGACGCAAGCCCAGAAAGGCACCACCUCCUGUGCCCGCCUUAAACCAAGAGGUAGCCCCGCUUCCAGCCAGCACACCAGUGGCACAGGAGACAGGCACAGGUCCGGCCACUGCAGUAACGGAGGAGGAGGAGGAGGUGAAGUCGCCACAGCAGCCGCUCAGCAGUGUGCAGGCCAGCCUCAUGGACUUUCUGGCCGAGAGCUUUGGCGGCGACGACCUCAGCAUGUUCAGCAGUUUGCCCGGCAUAAUGCCCCCGCCACUGAUUGGAGCGGGAAAGACAGAUUUCUUUAUGACGGAAGCAUUGCUGGAGUCGCCCUCGACCAGCGGUGGGUUGUUCGACAUGGACUCAACCUUUGGCAUUCCCCCGGACACCAGCGAAGAGGUGAAGCAGCAAGGACCCAUCAUCAAAGAGGAGCCGAUGGCAGCUGACUUGCCGGCAGAUGAGGCCAGCGCAGAGAGCGAGGAGGAGCCCACAGAAUACCAAAAAGAGAUGGAGGAGAUGGAAGCUACCGCCAGCCAUCCGCCGCGUAUAGUGGAAGUCACCAGUUACCAGCCGCGAGAGCAGAGCCAGCGCAUCAAGCAGGAACCCAUGGAAGAGGCAAUGGAGGAAAGCUCCUCCGAGGCAUUGCACACUAGCUCCCCACGGUUGGGGCACUGCAAGCCGAGUGGGUUCAUCCGACAGCCGCGCCGCAAUUGGCCCUGGCUGCAGGAGACCCAGGAGGCGGACGAAGUGGCCAUGCCCAGCGAGAAUCUCGCCCUGAUGAGCGUCUACGAGGAGCAGAAACUGCAUCAGCGGCUGCACAGGAUCUUUGCGCUGGAGCAGCAGUGCCAAUUGAGCAUUCCCGCCUAUGUGCGUCGCCUCUAUCGCAAGCUGUGCCUGCGCAAAUGGAAGCGAGAGCACAACAGACCCAUUUUCAACCUGGACGAGCACAUUGAUCCCACGGCCAGGGCGCGGCGUAAGCUGGAGGGCGAGCAGCAGGCACAGAUUCUGGAUCGCUAUCAGCUGCUCGCGCACAGCCAACAGAAUCCCAAGAGCUCGUUCUAUGCCCGCCUCACGGGCUCCACGCAGUACGAAAUGUUCGAGUCGCCGUACUCGCAGCGGGUCCUCCAUCCGUUCAUCUUCCGCAGCGAGACGAUGGGCCCGCCCUGGCUGAAGCUGAUGUGCGAGCUGCAGCAUCGUGUGAAUCGCUGCCAUCCCACCCGUUCGCCCAUAGACUUUUGCUACGUCCGGCCGCAGCAUAUUCCAGCGGUUAAUGCGCUCCUCCAGAGUGCCUUCUGGCCGAACAUUGAUGUUAGCGAAUGCCUCAGCUAUCCGGACUACAGUGUGGUGGCUCUGUACAAGAAGCUGGUCGUUGGCUGUGGCUUCCUCGUGCCCGAUGUGGGCUACAACGAGGCGUACAUCUCCUUUAUGGCCGUGCGUCCGAAUUGGCAGCGCAGUGGCAUAGCCAGCUUCAUGCUCUACCAUCUCAUACAGACCUGCAUGUCCAAGGACAUCACGCUGCAUGUGUCCGCCAGCAAUCCGGCGGUGAUGUUGUACCAGAAGUUUGGCUUCAAGAUCGAGGAGAUCAUCGUGGACUUCUAUGACAAGUAUCUGCCGCUGGACUCCAAGCAGAGCCGGAACGCCCUGUUCCUGCGUCUGCUGAGAUGAUGAAGAAUCAAGAAAAAUAUAUUCAGUUUUAAAUGGAAAUGAUGGGAAACCCUGGAAG